AGCGCCCUCUUGUGGCACAAAACGACUGACUCACUGAGACCGCAUGAUCAAGCUCGAUUCCUAACAAAAAUUCACGAUGUAUCCCGGCGGCGGACAACCGAUUUUGGUCCUUAAUCAAAAUACGAAGCGAGAAAGUGGUCGGAAAGUGCAGCUUGGCAACGUAACGGCAGCGAAGACAAUUGCUGAUGUUAUACGAACAUGUCUGGGACCAAGGGCCAUGUUAAAGAUGUUGAUGGAUCCCAUGGGUGGUAUAGUCAUGACUAACGAUGGAAACGCUAUACUCAGAGAGAUCACUGUACAGCAUCCGGCAGCUAAGUCCAUGAUUGAGAUCAGUCGCACUCAGGAUGAAGAGGUUGGAGAUGGAACUACAUCAGUUAUCAUCUUAGCUGGGGAGAUGAUGGCCGUGUCUCAGCCGUUUCUUGAGCAAGAAAUGCAUCCUACCGUCAUCAUCGCGGCUUACAGAGAAGCUAUGGACGAUAUGCUGGACAUCAUGAAAAACUCAUUCAGCAAAAAGGUUGACGUCACCAAGCGUGAUGAAAUGAUUCAAAUCAUCCAAAGCUGCGUUGGAACAAAGUUCAUCAGCAAAUGGGGCACCUUGGCUUGUGACAUUGCUUAUAAUGCCGUUACCAAGGUAACGCUUGACGAAAACGGGCGUAAGGAGAUUGACAUCAAACGAUAUGCCAAGGUGGAAAAGGUUCCUGGUGGAACCAUUGAGGAUUCUCGCGUCUUGGAUGGCGUGAUGUUUAACAAGGACGUUACCCACCCGCGUAUGCGUCGUCGCAUUGAAAACCCUCGCAUCAUGCUCCUAGAUUGCUCUCUGGAGUACAAGAAAGGCGAGAGUCAGACGAGUCUAGAAAUUAGCAGGGAAGAAGACUUCACCCGCAUCUUGCAGCUUGAGGAGGAGUAUAUCCAGCGUGUCUGUGGGGAGAUCAUAGCUCUCAAACCGGACUUGAUUAUCACAGAGAAGGGGGUAUCGGACUUAGCCCAACAUUAUUUGGCUAAAGCAAAUAUCACGGCAAUCCGACGACUACGAAAAUCAGACAACAACAGAGUAGCGAGAGCCUGUGGCGCUACCAUCGUCAACCGUACUGACGAGCUGAGAGAGGAAGAUAUCGGAACGGGAGCCGGGCUGUUUGAGGUCGAGAAGAUCGGGGAUGAAUAUUUCACCUACAUCACCAAGUGUAAGAACCCAAAGGCCUGUACCAUUUUGCUGCGGGGUGCUAGCAAGGACAUCUUGAACGAGGUGGAGAGGAAUCUCCAAGAUGCGAUGAAUUCAGCUCGUAACAUCAUAAUGGAGCCUUACCUGGUACCCGGCGGUGGCGCCAUUGAAAUGGCACUGUCUCAUGCAUUGACAGAGAAAGCCAAGGGUAUAACCGGUGUCCAGCAAUGGCCGUACCGCGCCGUAGCCUCGGCAUUGGAGGUCAUCCCUAGGACUCUUAUACAAAACUGUGGAGGGAGCACAAUACGUACACUCACCGCACUCAGGGCUAAGCACGUUGAGGCCAGUAACUUUGCCUGGGGAAUCGACGGUGAGAAGGGAACUAUUGUGGAUAUGGAGGAGAAGGGAGUCUGGGAUCCGUACGCUGUCAAGGCGCAGACUUACAAGACGUCCAUUGAGACGGCCAUGUUGUUGCUUCGCAUCGACGACAUCGUUUCGGGAACAAAGAAAGCCUCGGGAGGCGAGGGAGCGGGCAUGGCCGCGCCGACGACCGGUGCCGCAGGGGUGGAAGGCAUGGAGUAAUCCCAUCAUGCAUCUGGCUUCCUGCUAUGCGUUGUGCUCUCAGUGUAACCAAACCCGUCAACUUUAACGUCACUCGUUUAUAGUGCAUCUAUAUACUAGGUCUUGUUCCCCGCCUUCUAUGUGGGCGAUCACAUUGGGUGGGAUAUUGCUCAUUGCCACCAUUCCUUUUCAGUUUGUUAUAUAAAAAUUCCACACACUCUAAAUUUCAAACCUUCAAGAAACACACUUAUAUUGAUGAUUUCCCAUAAACUUUUAAACAUUAAGAUUAUCAAUUUCUGAACAUCACCCAUAUUCCACUUUUUUUUUUUUCAAAUUCAAAUUUCUACCUAUUUAAAGAAAUUUCAAACAAAAAAAGAUUCCACACUCCAAAUUAUGCAUAUUAAUACUGCACACACCUUGAUUUGGAAAGAAUGUUGCAUCCCGACGCCAGCUUUUUCAUCAUAAUUAUAUCAUCUCAGUGAAGGUCAGCCAUUGCAAAUUGUUGAAAAGACAUGAAUCUGGGACUGAGAAACAUUUCCAAUUUUGUGGGAAAAUAGGCCUACUUUGAAAAUGCACUCAAUCGACUCUCCUUCGACAUUGUACACAACCAAAGCAAUGGCAUCUGGAUACUGCAUUCUUUCCCGUUAUUUUGUUGUUCAUGUAAAUUGCCAUGUCGUGGUGACAAAUUGUGUAGUUGGGGGGGGGGGGGAGCAGUAUUUGAACAUGACCAGAAAUUCCUUUAAAACAGCUGUCCUAAUCAAAGUACCGCUUUGUAAUGCUGUCGGGCAUAUUAGAAUUGAUAUGUGGAGUAUAACACAUAUUAUAAGCACUGUGCUAGCUUUGAGCGAUACAAUCAAAAUGACAGCCCACUUCAAUGCUGGAUAGAACGCUUAAUAAUGGAGGGUUUAACAUGUAAAGUAAUUACUGUAGCUUGCCGUGUCGUCAUUUAGGAACAUGUAGCUGGAGUAUCGCCGUUGUUGUGUGUUGCCACGGUAACAGAAACAAACCACCGUUACAAGUCUAAAAUACCUUUCAGAAUUUGUUGUGGGUUUGCCAAAAAAAAGAAAUCCCAAACACUUUAUUUUCCUCACUUGGUGAUUACAACUAACUGUUUUAACCAUUUUUGACAAAUAAUAUUUGUAAACGGAGCGUCAACUUUUGUUUUAUGUUGCCACGGUAACCAGUAAAAACAAACCACCAGAUAUCUUUAAUUUUCCCAUUAUAUAUGCUUCAUGAUAUUUUGUGGUUGGUUGGCGGGAUAAUCCUCGAACUCUCGAUUCUCUUCACUUGUGAUAUUAAAAUUAAUUGUUUCUGAGAAGCACGGUUCGUUAUUUUUUGGUACUAUAUUUAGCUUGUUUAACCUCAAUUUGCCCGGGGCUGCUGAGCGGACUACAAAGGAAAAUCAAUAAAUGUAUUAAAGCGUUUGGAAAUUCUA